CGAAAAUAUAAAGUCCGACGGCCAACGCCAGACACGACGAGGUAGCUGUAAAUUUUGUCAGAGAAUAAUAUUUUCUUGAAGGGCCAUUCAUACAACUCUUAAAUCGGACCAGAGAGGCGAUCGUCUUCCCAAAAGAUGGUAGGCGGUGUCCCCGGGGGCAGUUUCCCCCUUAUUUCGUUGCCUCGCUAAAAGCCUGCCACGAAUCAGUUGGACGAAACGAUUGCCACAACCGCCAAGAGCACCCCACGACGAGGAACCAGAGCUGCACCAUGGCCGCCGCCGUCUCCCCACGACCAGCACCUCCCGCCAAGGGGAUUGUCAUCAUCCCGUUGGGCGGCUUGGGCACGCGGUUCAAGAAGCAGGGGUUUCCCCAGCCGAAGGGGCUAGUGCCGGUGGAGGAUAAGCCGAUCCUGUUCUGGCUGCUCGACGGGAUUCACUUACCGAAUGAGGAUUGGAUCCUUUGCAUUCCCUACAACACCGAGUACAAGGAGUGGGAUUUUUAUGGAGAGAAAAAAGUUUGUCACAGUCACUAACUUGCAGAUUUUGCAUUACAAAUUUUCUAUAGCAUCACAAAUUUUCCUUGUAUUGCAGAAACACUAGGGAAAUCCCUAAUGAGGUUUGGCUGUGAUGCAUUUUUACGCAUGACAAACAAUUUUGUAUUGCAAAAAUGCGCAUGAGUGAUCGUGACGAACUUUUUUUCUUUGAUAAUUUUGAAAACCGAGUAAAAACCGCAUAUCCCAACAAGCAGAACAUCCACAUGUUCCCCUUGGAAACCCAGACGCGUGGUUAUUACAGUGAAAAAUUAAAAUGCCCCCACCCCCAACGUUGCAAAAAUUUGUGAUGCGAAGUUUCCAAAUGAAAACUUUUUGUCAUGCAUGAAAGGAGAAUGAAUCUUUCUGAUGCAGAGUCUAGGCAUGUAUCGCAUCGCUUGCAUGACAAGCGCCGCUCUUGCUGGGGUCUUUUGCAAUACAAAUCUUUGCUAUUCACGAUUGAAAACCUGUGAUGCUGAUAGAUGCAAGAGGGCGAGUGUUUCACUUGGAAAGGUUUGCAAUACAAAUGCUCCCGAGUUCGAGGGUGUGGGCAUUUUUCAGUGCAAUAGCGGUGCCGCGGAAACCUUGCUCGUCGCGCUGGAGUUUUUGGAACAAACUCUGCCGGACUGGUUUGCAACUUCUGAAAUAUCCUUUGCAAAAGUAUCGUACUAGUAUUGCAGUCAUGCAUUACAAAUCUUUUCUUGAAGGCAAAUCAGCAUCACAAAUUUUAUUUCUCUUGCUGAGGAAAUUCAAAUUUGUAAUGCAUUUAUACGAGUGCGCUGCUUUUGCAAUGCAUAUGAAAAAGACGAGAACAAGAAUCCAAUCCCUGUUUGCAGCAUCGACGCCGAUUCGUUUUACACGAAGGAGUUUGACGCAGUAAAAACCUGGGGUGGCAACUGCAACGCGGUAUUUUCCUUUCAGGAUCUGCAGCCAAAACCGAUCUAUCAAAUGUAAAAAUGUCUAGGUCUGGAAGGAUGCAACUUGUCGUGCUAAAUCUGAAGCAUGCAAAAAUCUGUGCUGCGUGAUUACCAAAAGUCGUCCAGUUUUGACCAAGUCGGGAGGGAGUUUCUCAUGCAGGAGAGAGAUCGCGCAGAAUCUGUCAUGCUAAGUCCUGCACUCCAGACCUCAUGGCUCAUGGAAAAGCUGCGUGACAAAUCGCGCACUCAUCUUCCAGACCCGGACAUUUUUGCAGUUGAUACGGUCUUUUCGUAUGUGGAAGUGGAGGCAGAGGACGAGGAGAAAGUGCUGAACCCACCGGGUACUAGUAGUUGUUCACAAGAACUCAGUACGGGUACUUCUAGUGCUGAGCAGUUGUUACAGCAUGAAAUAAGAUUUACUUCGAAUAAGAUGCGGAUAAAAAAGAUCGUGGAAAAGGAGAAAAUCAGUGAUUGGGCGAAUUCCGGGGUCUAUGCGUUCAAAGAUCAUAAGGAACUAAUGGACUACGUGAAGCAGAUCAUCGAGCGGAACAUCCGACAGAAGAACGAGUACUACACCUCAACCGUGAUCCAGUUGAUGCUAGCCGACGAGAAACCCUUCUUCUGUUGCCCGGUGUCGAACAAAUUUUUUUACUCCCUCGGCACCCCGGAGCAGGUCGCGCAGUUUCAAACCGGGUUUUUGCUCGAUUUGGACGGAACCUUGGUGAAAACCGACGAGAUCUACGUGCAAGUGUGGAACCGGUUAUUGCAGCCGUACGGCCUGUCCGUCGACCAGGGCUUUUUCGAGACGUUUAUCAAGGGCAAGUCGGACUUGAACUUUUUAAAAUACCUAAUGCCGGAAGCGGCGACGGAAGAGGUAGUCGCGAAAUUCGCCACGGACAAAGACAUAUCAAAUGUAAAAAUGUCUGGGUCUGGAAGAUUCUGAGACUUGUCAUGCAUGUUUUGCCUCGGCCAUGAUGUCUGUGAUGCAUGCCCUAGCAUCACAGAGUUUUUGAGGGCCUCGCGAUGCCUAUUCCGCAUGACAAAUGCCCUCUCCGCGUAGCAAGCAUUACACUCCCUUUGCUGCUCAUGCAAUACAGAUUUUUUUGGAAUCCAAAUUCAGCAUCACAAGUUGCAUUCUUCCAGACCCAGACAUUUUUACAUUUGAUAAGACACUGAGUUUGUGAAGACGUUGGAAGAGGUAUUGGGAUUUUGGAUCGUAGUGUAAUUUGUCAUGCAGAAAAUGCUGGGGAAAAUGUGACUCCAUUGCAGAGGACGCAAUGGUGGACGAGGCAGAUUAUGGUAAGUCCUGACAUUGGGUAACAAGAGUUGGGUCAUUGCUGGCUAGCAUCACAGAAGGAAGCUCCUUUGCCCGAAACAGCAUCACAGAUUUGCAUCCGGCCCCGGCGCCGAAAAUUUUUGCCAUGCAACGAUUACUACAGAUGCCGAGCGCGGGGAAAAAAAUCCUGAUUCCAGGCGUCGAGCAGUUUCUGCAGAAGAUCAAAAACGCCCGGAUCGCCGUGGUCACCAGCUGCAACCGCACGGCCGCGGAAUUUAUCCUGAAGAUCACCAAUUUGGCCGACUACGUCACGCUUUUGAUCUGCAGUGAGGACUGCGGCCACCACAAGCCGCACCCGGAGCCGUACCAGCGGGCCAUGUCGCAGUUGCAGAUCGCGGCACAAAACUGCGUCAUAAUAGAAGACUCCUCGCCGGGGCUGUUGGCGGCAAGCAGGGCCUGCGUGUCGAAGGUACUUAUACUUACUUGUCGUGUUGUAUUUGUACCACAGUUACUUAGAGAUCGAUGUGCUAUUAAAAUUGAAGCUCGUCUUCGCGUAGAUUUACUCUUUUGCUUUCAUGACAGGCCCGCUACGUAUUGUGAUGCAAUAUACCACACAAUUAUGAAUCGAAUCGCGAAUAACAAGGUUUGUUUUUUCACCAACGGGGAACGAAAAAACAGUCUGGUCGAGGAAGCGGUUGCUGUGGAGGCGGAUGUCGUUUUUGACGAGUGGGACAGUCUGGACGUGGAUUCCCUCUUUAUUUCCCUAGACACGAUUCAGCUCGACAGCUCGCACGGCACAGGCACCAAUCUGAACCUGAGCGGGACAAGUCACAGCAUAUCGCUCCACCCCGGCGCGACUGAGACACCGAAAUCGAAGCAGAAGCAGCAGAUGCAGCAGUAUGAACUCUAUGCGAAAGAGAUACACAAGAAACUCUCCCAUUUACCGGUGAAAGACGUGCAGUACUCCGUGGAAAGUCUGAAGACCGGCUACAUCUGCGACAUCAACGCAUUUAAGGUGCUGUACACGAACGGCGAUGAACAGACCGUCGUGUUCAAAAUCAGCAACUUCGGGAACGAGCUGUCCAAGGUCGCCACCCAAUUAGACAUGUACGAGAAAGAGGGGUAUUUCUACGAGCACCUGGCGGAAGUGGUUUCGGCGACGGUGUCCGUGCCCAAAAGCUACGGGGUGAUAAGAAAAGAGGAGCGGAUCGGGAUUAUCAUGGAGGAUUUGAGGGUAUAGCAAGUGCAUUACAGCAUGAGCAACAAAAACUGUGAUGCGGAUGUACCUUAAGAAUCAGAUUUGUAAUGCCAAUGCGUGACUGCAUUUCUAUUUGAUAUAUCAGGUUCAGCCCGGCGUUUGGAACUGCGAUUUGAACCAGGACAUUCAACUUCUCCUGAACGUUAUCGCAAGAAAAAACUGCCUUAGUCUCAACUUGUAAUGCGGAACUUCCUUGAAGUAGUUUUUUGUCAUGGUCGACCUGCAAAAAUAAGGCAAACGCAAAGGCACUUCCUACGUGUUUUCUCUUGCAUAUCAUGCCGCAUUACAGGUUUUGGUUUUGCUUUUGCGUGUCAACAUGCUGAGGGAGUUUGUUGUGCUCAGACUGCAAACUAAUUACCUUUGAGACUGAAAAGACACUUCCUUUUUCGUGGGAUAAACGUGACCUCAGCUGCUUUUAGAAUGCACGACACCUACUUAUUCGAGAAGCGCGAAGACGUGAUUCCCUCCAUGGCCAAUCUCGUGACCCCCAAGCAGAUCGUGUACUACCAGGAACUCGUGAAGAACCGGUUUCCGAAAUUUAUCAACCGCAACGGGAUCUUCAUGAGCCAGAAAAACCGCGACGCGUGCGUAAAAAUUGCGGAAAACUACGAAAAGAUCGCGCAUUUGCUGUCAACGUUUCCACUCUCCUUUGUUCACGGCGAUUUGAAAUCCCCGAACAUCUUUUACCAGAAGGCAGGACUGUCCGGGAUGAUGUCCUCCUCGUUUGCGAACAGUGAUAAGGUCGAGCCGGUGCUGUGCGAUUGGCAGUACAUUCAUUUGAACAAAGGAGUCUCCGACAUCGCUUUUCUACUGGUAGAAUCGAUCAAGUUUGACGCAAAAAUCUGCAAUAUCUGCAUCGAUUUCUACUACCACCUCUGGAAGCAGAAGCAGCACCGGUCGUUUAGUGCCCCUACUGCACCAGCGGGAGCUGCAGGUGGGCCGGUGUCCACCUCGAACGGCGGUGGUGCAACGGCGAAUGGAGUGGGGCACAGCAGGAGUAGUAGCCCCAGCGCAGCGGGACCAUCGUCGACUCCUGAAACAUCGUACUACGAGCUGUAUCUGCGCGACUUUAAGCUUUCCCUCUGUUUGUUCCCGUAUUUCGUGAUGGUGUGGUUUAAUAGUGAAGACUCGGACAAGCUGAUCGACAAAUCAUUCCCGAUCAGAUUCAUGAAAAAUUUGCUGGAUUACUACACGUUUUACCUCGACUUGGAGUUCUUCGAGGAGCUGGAGAAGCUGUAGUGAUUACUAGGAGGGAAGAUUUCGAUAUAAGAUUUUGUCCACGUACUAGUCAUGGACAACAUGAAACGAACCAAUCACAUUUCACAGACAAAUGAAUGUGUAGCUCUCGUCCUGGCACGACGUUUGCACGACUGAUUUAUGAAUGUCACGACAUCUUCGACAGUAGGUACCGGAAUUUUCUUUGAACAAAGAGCACAAAAUGCAGGGCGUUCCCCUAGCUUGCUUAUGAGUUCUGUACAAGAUUUCUAGCACGAU